CAACCAUAUUUAAUGCCCAAGAAGUUUUCUAUAAACCCAAAGUAAAUAGUUGGUUCUUAUCUUUAAUCAAAGAGCUCAAGCCGCUAGAGAGAAGGAGGUUGAGAAGAAGGAGAGCGCCAAGAUUAAAAAGAAAUAGAAGGAGGAAGAAGAAUAUUGGAAGGAGACAGAUAAGAAUGUCAUAUCCAAAUAAGAGAGAUAGAGAUAGAAGGAAUAAGAGGAAGAGACUAAGAGAAAGAAGCAGGAGGAGAAAAAAAUGUUGUAUGAGAGUGAGAUGAAUGCAAUAGAAUCAAGUAUGAAUAUCAAUAUAAAUUGAUAAAUUAUAUA